UCCAUUGUUUCACUUUCUAAGCUGACGCCUCUUAGUUUGUCUCCUGUCUCAUGUGUACGAAUUACUGAAUCGACUAAAGUCAUUAAAAGUUAUUUAUCAUGUUGCCGACCGUCGUGAAGACCCCGGAGCCAGGAUUCUGCUUCGAAAACACAUUAAGAAAUGCGGCAUUAGAAGUUUCGGUCAAGGGGAAACCCAAGCCUCUUAAAACUGGAACCACUAUUGCUGGAGUUGUGUUUAAGGAUGGAGUUGUUCUUGGUGCAGACACUCGUGCCACCUCCAGUGAAGUGAUUGCUGACAAGAUGUGUGCCAAGAUUCACUACCUGGCUCCUAACAUUUAUUGCUGUGGUGCAGGGACAGCAGCAGACACACAGAAAAUUACGGAACUUAUCUGCUCCAAUCUCACCAUCUUCUCGAUGAACAGUGGCAGGAACCCCCGUAUCAUCAUGGCAGUCAGUGUCCUGCAGGAUACUCUCUUUAGGUACCAUGGCCAGAUUGGAGCUAACCUGCUGCUAGGUGGGGUGGACUGUACAGGAGGUCACCUCUAUGAUAUUGGACCCUAUGGGGACAUGGAUAAGGUUCCAUUUCUUGCCAUGGGAUCAGGAAAUUUAGCAGCUAUGGGAAUUUUAGAAGAUGGAUUUAAAUCAGACAUGGAUUUGGAGUCUGCCAAACAUCUGGUUCGGGAUGCCAUCCAUGCAGGUGUAAUGAAUGACCUGGGUUCAGGUCACAACAUUGACUUGUGUGUCAUUACAAGAAAAGGGGUUGAUUACAUAAGGCCAUAUCAAGAGUCAGAAUGCAUAGGGAAAAGAGAGGGACGUUACAAGUACAACCCGGGAACAACUGCAGUACUCACAGAAAAGGUUCAGCAUUUUGAACUGGAAUUGGUUCAGGAGACUGUUCAAAGCAUGGAAACUGCAUAAGAAAACAUUAAUUAUUAUUUUUUAUUUUUUUUUUACAUUUCUUUGCAGUUCACUCACUAUGUGCCACUCUGUGUCCUUGAAUUAAUGCUGAUUUAAUAAUGUAAUUUUCAGGGCAAUAAAAAUACAUUUAACAGGAUAGAUUAUGACACUACCCUGACAAUUAUAAACAUAUGAUGAAAUCAGAUAUUUCAAAUAAAAUGGAACUUGAUUGUCAAUAA